AUGAAGGAAGCAAUCGUCAAGAAAGAUACCUCCGUCGAGAUCGUCGACUCUCCCAUUCCUAAGCCAGGUCCAGGCGAUGUCCUCAUCAAGGUCAUCAUCGCUGGUACCAAUCCCAAGGAUUGGAAGGUCCCCUUUUGGCGCGGCGAAGACUCCAACAGCGGUGAUGAUAUCGCUGGUAUCGUCGAAGCCGUCGGCGAAAAUGUCGUCGGCUUCCACAAAGGCGACCGCGUAGCCGCCUUCCAUGAGAUGGGAACUCCCAAUGGUGCCUUUGCUGAGUACGCGACCGCGCCAUACUACACAACCUUCCAUAUCCCCGACUCAGUAUCUUUCGAAGAGGCGGCGACUAUCCCUCUCGCCGCGUACACUUCUGUCUGCGCUUUGUUCCAGGAGCUUGAGAUCCCCGAGCCUUGGUCGCCACUUGCCAAGACCGAGGCCAAGCGUCCUCUUCUUAUUUACGGAGCUAGUACAGCUACUGGAGCUUACGCCAUCAAGCUGGCCGCUGCUGCUAAUGUCCAUCCGAUCAUCGCAGUUGGAAGUCAGCGCAGUGCAUUUAUCAAGCCAUUCCUUGACGAGAGCAAGGGUGACGCACUUGUUGACUAUACUGCUUACAAGACCGAAGAUGAACUGGUCAAAACCAUCCAAGAUGCUUUCAAGAAGGGCGGUGCUCCAGAUGGUCGAUGCUGGAAGGCUUUCGACAGUGUCUCAGAAGAUUCCACCGUUAGGACUGUCACCAAGGCUAUCGCCGGUCCUCCAGACUCGACUGGCCGCAAGCCAAAGGUGACCAACAUCUUAAUGAAGAAAGAAGUCGAGGGUGCCGACCCCAGUGUAGACAUCGUCGUCUCGAUGGUUGGCCAGGUCCAUAAUGAGGAUGAGAAGAACAAGCUCCUCGGUGUUAUAUGGGGCGCUGCGUUUGCUAGGGGUCUUCGAGAGGGUUGGUUCACAGCGCAUCCUUACGUCAUGGGUAAGAACGGUCUGGAAGGAUUGUCUGAUGGUCUGAAGGAUUUGAAGGAGGGAAGGACUCGGGCGCAAAAGUUCCUGACGGUUAUUGGUAAGACACCAGGUGCCAGUGCUUGA